CAUCGCACCAAAAAUGAAUUACCAGACAAAUCUAAUAGAGAUUCAUCAAAAUUCAGACUGUAUCAUCUUACAACAAUCAAACUAUCCUGUUUAAGGUUAGCAGCUCCUUUUCUCCCUCCCCCUCUUCCUUCCCCCUCCCUAAUUUGGAAGUAGACUGUUCCAUGACAGGGCAGCGUGGGUGGGUGUUCUGGGAAUCUUGAUGAGCGCUGGUUAUUCUUACCAGGGCUACGUCAGAAGGAAACACAAUUUUCCAACAUGCAGGGGUCCAAACAUCAUGGAGGUAGUUGAAAAUGGAGCCAGCCCACAAGCCUCUUGUUGACGAAGACAGCUUACCUUCAGGAUACGCCUAUCCCAGAACCCCCGGCAUGAGUGUGCUCCUGGCCCUGCUGGGUGUGGUGGAGGUGCUGGGCGUGGCAGCCAUCGCCAUGGUGUGCUACUGGGCAGCUCACUAUAGAGGAGGGUUUGCCUGGGACGGGAGCGGCCAACAGUUCAACUGGCACCCUGUCCUCAUGGUGGUGGGGCUGGUCUUCUUGUAUGGCAAUGCGAUACUGACGUACCGCGUGUUCCGAGACCAGGUGAAGUUUGGGGUGAAAAUCCUCCAUGCUGUUCUCCAGAUGACGGCGCUGAUAUUGUCCAUCAUGGCUCUGGUGGCCACAUUUGAUUUCCACAAUGCUAACGGCAUUGCCAACAUGUACAGUCUCCACAGCUGGGUGGGGCUGACUGCGGUUAUCCUGUUCGCCUUACAGUGGGUGCUUGGGGUGUCCACCUAUCUCCUGCCGUUUGCCAGACGCUGGAUCCGUACCUGGUUCAUGCCUUACCACCGCUUCCUGGGUCUGAUCAUCUUUGGCAUGUCCAUCGCCACUUGUCUGAUGGGUCUGACGGAGAAACUCCUCUUCUCCAUGGAUGCUGACACCUACAGUACCUUCCCACCAGAGGGCAUCCUGGUCAACUGCCUAGGUCUCAUCCUGGUGUUGUUUGGAGGGUUUGUCGGCUUCAUAGCCACAAAGGAAGAGUGGAAACGCCAGCCACUGGCGGAGGAGCAGCCUAUCAACAUGUCCAUAGAGUAGGGGCUAUGUAUGGGGUAAACUGAGUUAACUGGACUAGCAGUCUGAAGAGUAGAGUAUGGAGAAAGUGUAGAGCAUUGUCUUUGUAUGUAUUUUGAUGGCCUGAAAUCCUGAUGAAGUACAUUGCAAGAAAUCCUAUCUUUAAGCACACUUAAACAUGUGUAAAGGUACAGGUGAACGAUGAAACAAACUUUACUCAUGCUUAAAGAA